UGUAGAUCAAGUAGUGUAUUAGAUGUGUCUAAAGCGACCUUUGAUAUGAAAGCUUUUGAAAAAAAGAUGUAUUCGUUAAAUCAAGAAAUUAGUAGCAAAUUAGAUAUGAUUACUAUGAAUUUAUGCAGAUUAAAUCGCUUUCUUCUACCACAUGAGAAAAGAAUAAUAAGACCAGCAGAUCUUCCAGCACUUCCAUUGACAACAGAGGAAGAAUUAGAAAAAUUUGAAAAAUAUUUAACGAAAGAUGAUAAUGCUGGUGCAACUAUUUGUUACAUGAGUCAAAUUAUUGGUCCUAAAGACAAUAUUAAGGAAGCUACAUAUAAAGUACUAAGGAAACUUAUUUCAAACACAUUGGCAGCAGACUUUACUUUAAAAAGUGGUAAACAUUUAUCCAAAAAAUGUUUCGAAAAGCUGAUGCUGUAUGAAGUUGUUCAAGGUGCCAUUUUAGACAAAAGGCCAGAAACAGAAAUCCCAGAGAUUGAUGCAGCUACUUCACUGUGGCUAAAGCAAGCACCUUGGUCGUCGCCAAGAUGA